ACGCAGGGGAUGGCUCAAACAAUUUUGUAAGUCAAAAAGAACCCAAACAGCAUUUGAGACGAUGACCAUUGCACUCGAGGACGACUCGGACGCCUUCACGGCGGCUCUGUGCUUCGUGGACGAGUUCAUGGGGGCCGGAACGGACGAGGCUGCGCUGUCCAUUGCGCUGGAGGGGCUGCCGUCCGCCCCGAGCUCGUUGACUGGAGCAAAACCCAAGAUGGUGAGGCAGACUUCCCAGAAGAAGCGCAAAGGAGAAGAGCUGAGCUGCAACAAGGCAGCGACACCCACCGCCAAGGCCUGCAAGACGUCGCGCAGUAGUACGCGGAAUCGUGUGCGCGACCAGGAGCGCCGGGAGCUUUUAUACCUGAGGGAAAAGGUGGCAGACAUGCAACAGAAGCUCCAGGCACUACAGAAGACGCGUGUGCCAGCGAUCAAAGCGGAAGUGAAGGGGCCUAAAGAAGAGAAAAAUCAGGAAGAAGAGGAUGUGGAAGCCCACGCUGUGUGGAAGGAGAUGGCCAGCCAUCAACUGGAGCAGCGACUGAAGUCCGAGCGGGAGAAUAGGCAAUUGAAAUUGGUGUUGGAAGGGCAGAUCAAGAUUGCAAAAAGUCUGGAAAAGUUGCUUCAGGCAAGAGCCACGACGAAUGCGAUUGAGAGCUGUUUGGGUGACGGCCAGAGGUUGAAACGCAUGCACAUGUCGACACCCGAUCGAUCUGAUGCCAGCAUCUUUAAGGAACUGAUGGAAGGUAUCGAUUCCGCGUAUAGAGAAGUGGACGCCGUGUUCCGUGACAACGGAUUGGACACAAAGGAGUCGUCCUUCAGUGACGCCGAGAUGCACGAAGGAGCGGACGGUGUUUAUAUGAAGAUUUUCGCCAGCAAAGUGUUGCCGUUUGACGUGGUUUCAACAGGGACAGCUGCGUGGCGAUACUUCUCGCGAUCAUUGGAACACAUGCCGUUCCGGUUUCUCUAUCACAAGGAUCUUCAGGUGAGUAUCAUUGUCUGUUGUAUCCGACUGAUUUUUUUAAACGUGAUUAUUAUUUUUUACUUACAGAAUGUGGAGACUACAGACGAUACUAUUAUCGAGAGCUUCGGUAUGGAACUGCAUGCUAAGGGCACUCAGGCGGAUUAUCGUGUCAAACAAAUUGUGCGUCGAUACGUGGAAGAAAACCGAGUCGUGAUUGUCUGGCGGUCGUACAUUGACCCGGUGAGCUUUGCAGGCAACCCGGUGUACGGGGCUCAGUUCCAAGAGAAGGGAUAUCUCGUGGUGCGUCGUCCUCGAGCCAUGUCUCCUCGGUUUGCUUUGUUGCAAACUUGUUACUUAAUUUCGCCGGCGCUUCCAAUUCGUUCCUUGUCGGACGAACGAUCAGUGACAGGUGAACUCACAGAUUUUGUGCUGAGUGGCACAGAAGCCAACGUUGCCUCGUGUCAUCAGAUGAUUGAGAAUAUCCUCUUUAAUGAGGCCAUGAAGGCUCACAGCAAGAACUAGGAACCUCAGAGCAACGUGUUUUGGUCGUAACAUAUCUACUAUUUACCGGACUGUUUUUAUAAAACCAAAUGCCUAUCGAAAAAACUGUCAGAAAUUUUGCCUACUA